AAGCCCCCCGCCUCCAUUUCUUCAUUUCAUCUUCUUCCUUUUUAUUCUUUCGAUUGCUUCAAUGGCUUCCUUAAUGUCCCCUUCUGUUUCUCUGCCCGGCGUGCAAAGAUCCGGUAAUGGGCAGCAGCCAUUGUUGAAUCCAUCGAUGAUGACGAGCUUUCAACAGAAGAAAAGAGAAAAUGGGUUCUUUAUAUCUGCAUCUUCCAAUAGCAACAUGGUUUUGUCUGGAGUUGUUUUCAAUCCGUUUGAGGAGGUUAAGAAGGAAGUACUCGCCAUUCCUGUCUCUCCCCAACAUUCCCUAGCCCGACAGAAAUUCGUUGAUGAUUGCGAAUCCGCCCUUAACGAGCAGAUCAAUGUUGAAUACAACGUGUCGUAUGUAUACCAUGCCCUGUAUGCUUACUUCGACAGGGAUAACGUCGCUCUUAAGGGCCUGGCCAAAUUUUUCAAGGAAGCAAGUGAGGAGGAAAGAGAACACGCUGAGAAGUUUAUGGAAUACCAGAACAUUCGUGGAGGAAGAGUGAAGCUGCAUACCAUAUUGACUCCACCUUCUGAGUUUGAUCAUGUUGAUAAGGGAGAUGCUCUGUAUGCAAUGGAGCUGGCUCUGUCUUUGGAGAAGUUGACGAAUGAGAAGCUUCUGAAACUUCAUACUAUUGCUUGUGAGAAUAACGAUGCCCAGAUGGCAGAUUUCAUUGAGAGUGGAUUCUUAGGAGAACAGGUUGAAGCCAUUAAGAAGAUUUCAACUUAUGUUGCUCAACUCAGAUUGGUUGGCAAAGGACAUGGAGUUUGGCACUUUGAUCAGAUGCUACUCAAUGGAGCCAAUUAAGAGUGGGGAUUAUUAAGGAACAAGAGUAAUCCAAAUAAGACAUUUUUAUUUUAUUUUUGGUUUGUUAUAGAGUAAUCUGAUCAUUUUAAUGCUCUAAUGCAUCAAGCUGUAAGCUUUAGUUCUUGGGUGUUUGUGGGUUGGCUUAGAAUGUCUCUUAAAGUGUCAGUUUCAGAGGUAGUUGUAUUUUAAUAUAAUCCUUUGAUAUGCAAUAAUUUUAUGGAGAUGCUGAUGAUGAUAUACUGGUUUAAAUCA